UCGUGCCCCACCCGUUCCACCCGUUCUGCCCGUGUCCUGCCCGUGUUCUGCCCAUGAUUCUGCCCGUACUGCUGCCCGUGAUUGUGCCCGUGAUUAUACCCUGCCCGUGCUGCCCCGUUCUGCCCGUGCUACCUCGUGCUCCUGUGCUGCCCCCGUGUUCCCGUGCUGCCCCCGUGUUCCCAUGCUGCCCCCGUGCUGCCCCGUUCAGCCCUUGUGCUGCCUCGUUCUGCCUGUGCUGCCCCGUUGUCCCCGUGUUGCCCCGUUCUGCCCGUGUUGCCCCGUUCAGCCCGUGUCCUGCCCCGUUCAGGCCGUGUCCUGCCCCGUUCUGCUCGUGUUGCCUCGCUCAGCCCGUGUCCUGCCCCGUUUUGCCCGUGUUGGCCUGUUCUGCCCGUGCUGCCCCGUUCUGCCCGUUUGUGUCCUACCCGUGCUGUCCGUACCCGUUGGUGCCCCACCCGUGCUGUCAGUUCUCGCUCGUGCCCCACCCGGUCUGUGCUGCCCGGUCUCGUGCUGCCCGUCACCCCCGUGCGGCCCGUCCCGUACAGCACCUAGUUGCUACCCGAACCCGCUACCCGUACCCGUGCUCCUCGCACACCGUGCACCAGCUGCGGGGCGUUCAACCGCAGCCGGGCAUUUGUUCCACCACGGUGGUUCAGAUGCAGCUUGGUGGUUGCUGCUUGUCGGCUUCAGAGGGGGCCCCUUGCUGGUGUUCCCACGCCCUGUAA